GUGAAGGUCCAUGCGCCCAGUCCGUGCAACAUUUGGAUUUGCGGGGAAGUGGAUCGACUAGCCCCACCUUCGAUGAUCUAGGUUCGAGCUCCCGAGCCUUCGUCUCACAGCAGGCCAGACUUGCAUACGUCAGUCUGCUGUGAGGUACCUAAUCUGCAAUUGCUACCCCCGAUCGACUUUCCGGGCAGAUCACACCUUUACAUACUCGGCUUCCUUCGUAUGGUAGCAAUUGGGCCCGUCGCAUACCAACACCACGUACCCUUCGCUACAACUGAGCCGUAGCGCUGAUUGCUACCUUUCUAUUAGACUUCAAAUUGUUGCUGAUAAUCCUGCGAUAGGCUUCGGGAAGAGCUUAUCUAAACAUAACCCAGCCCAACCGGUCUUGUGGAUCGUCACUAUAUCCAAGGAGGACCAACACCAGCAACCAGUACUCCCAUCAGACUUCCCAGUCUAUCCACCAUGCCCACCCGAGCAAUGUCAGACCUAUCCCUUAACACCCCUUCCACAGCCCCGAAAGGCAAAUCCAAGGGCAAGAAAGCAGCACCAGUAGCCGACUCCUGGGAAGACGAAGACGUGCCCUCCGACACCGAAUCCCCAUCUCCCCUCCCCACCACCUCCCCCCUCUCCCCCUCCAUCGACCCCAAAAUCGACGGCUCGGGCCUCGCCGCGCCUCCUCCGACACCCAGCUCGCCAUCAUCAUACGGCUUGGGCACGCCUCCGUGGCAGCCUAUUCCCGGGGCGGUAUCAGGGGGCAAUAGCAGCAGCAGCAGUAGCGGCGAGAGCUUAGAGAGGGAAGGAAAGAGACCCGAGAAGACGGACGCAGUGGCCCGGCGCAUGAUUGCCAGCGCGCUGGGCGUGCGGGCGCCGCGGCCGACGGAGGAGCAGCGCGCGUACGAUCGCGCGGUUAGGGAGAAGGAGCGCAAGAGGAGGGAGGAGGAACGCGAGGCGGAGAAGAGGAGGCGGGAGGAGGCGGAGAGGGCGAAGGUGGCGAUUUGGGAGGAUUGAGGCGGUUUGCGUAUAGGAAGUAGAGUAUAAGUGGAUUUGGGUUCGAUUCCUAUCAGCGCUAUCUGCCAAUUCCGCCUAUGCUUCGUCUAUAGGAUACGGAGGAGGGAAUGGAUGGGAUGGUUGGUUGGUUGGUUUAGGUUCGGUGCAGCUCGGAUGGCCUUGUCUGUAUGUGGUAUCCAGAGAGCGUUUCCGUACGUACCCGUCGGUGUAUAUUGGAUAGGGGAGGGUGCUUUAUGCGCGGUUCUCGCGGUUCUCGUGGUCUCUUGUGUUUUGUGUUUUAAACACUUACUCAAACUUGACCUUAGCUUUACCCGUGUAGGAUAUGAGUUUCUAAAAAGUUGAUUAAUAUAGCGUCUCUAAUGUCUUA